AUGAGGAACCCCGUCUCCAUUAGAAGUGUCGAAAGAACCACGGUGAGCGACGCCCUGGCACCGCCCCGCAUCGGCGUGUUGGGCACCUCGCCGGCGGCACGGCGGGUCUGGCAACAGGCGCAGCGGGCAGGCAUGACUGUUGUCGCUGUGGGAGGGUGCAACGCCACGGAGGCGGUGGCCUUCAUUCACGCGUGCGGUGGCGAUGUUGUCUACCAGGAGCAACAUCAAGGUGGGGUUGGGCCACAGGCGGUGAACACGGCGAGAGCGUGCACGUACGAUGAGCUGGUAAAAGAUUCCAACGUGGACGUUGUGUACAUGACGCUCCCUGUUGCAAAGCGCGACACUUGGGUCAGCAGGUGCAUCCAACGGCGCAAGCACAUUCUUCUCUCCGUCCCCGCGGCACCGUCCGCCGCUUUGCUGCAGAAGUGGAUAGAACGGGCCACCCCACUGCAGCUACUCCUCACAGAUGAUGCCGCGCUCAUGUAUGGCACACGGAUGCAACGAGUGGAGCAGAUGUUUCGUAGCGUGGGCGAAAACACCAUUGGGGAGCUUCGCAAUCUGCGUGUUUGCUGUAGCAGUGGUAGCGGUGGCGCCACCGCCGGUGCGUUUACCACUACGUGUAACGAUACCGAUAGCAAAAACGGCGAAAAUAAAAAUAGUACUGACCCGGGACUUGGCGUCCUCGGCGACUUGGGGUGGCUGGCAGUUGCGGCAGUGCUGCACCUCAUGCAGUACGCAAUGCCGAAAGCCGUGCUGGGACGCGCAGUGCAGCGGCGGGGGGGCGGUAGCGACAGCAUCACCGAGUUUUCCGGGGAGCUCAUCUUUGCUCCCGUAACCGGGCAGUCAGUGGUAACAGCCACCCUCUACGUGAACCACCACCUAGCGGCAGCACCAGUAGUGGCGGAGCAGUCACUAAUCGCGUAUGGCACUACCGGCUCAGUGGUGCUGCACGACCUCAUCGUCCCAGCGCCGGAUGUGGACGGCAGCGUCGCCGUCACCGUUGCGUCGCACGCGUCGGUGCAGGGCGCACAGCUGCGCCGCAACUUGCGCCGCGAGACGGAGCUGCGCAUAACAGAGUCGGUGCCGUGGGCUGAGCUACCGUGGCACAACCUGCGCGGCGCACUCGUGCCCGACCUGAACGGCACGGCGCAUGGCUUCGCAUCGCGCUUCCGUGGCAAUACAGAGGAAGCGACGGCAUACUUGCGGCGCACGUACGUGACGCAGACGGUAAUCGACGCGUUGCGCGAGGCGGCGGGCAUGACGCUGACGGCGCAGCAGGCCGAAGGGAGCGUCAGUGUAUGA